AUGGCCCGCUCACCAGGCCGCAGAACUGACGACCGCUACGACCACCGCGAUGAUCGUGGAUCUCAGAGACACUCACGUGGUGAGAGGGAUAGAGAUGUAAGAUACCACCGUUCGCGUAGCCCGCCACGACGCGAGUUGAUGAACAAGCAGCCCCGCCAAGAUAACCGAGAUCGCUAUCACGAGCGUGAUCGGGACCACCGUCCUCGAAGCAGGUCACGCGACCGCCGAGACAACUACGAUGACCGCCGCCAUCGAGACAGGCGCGGUGACCGUGAUCGCAAGCAUAGCAGGGAUAGAGAGCCGGUGAGAGAUCGUGACAGGCACCAUCGCUCGUCCCGCUACGGUGAUGACUACGAUGACCGUGACAGGAAGCGACCACGCAGAGACUCCAACUCCUCACCUCCUCCACGUGGAUCUCGAGGUCCUAGCAGGGAUCGGGGAAGUGUGAGAUCGGGCACUGGACGGGACAGCCAGACUCCCCGUCCACCCACGGCGGACGAGAUUGCAGCCAAAGCCGCAGAAGAAGCCUACUUAGCCAAGCUCGCCAAGGUUGCGGCCUGGAAAAAGUCUCUGGCUGACAAGAUGAAUCCCAAUGGCUCAAGCAGUGGUAAUGCUUCACCAGCUGUAAAGACUGAAGGCGCAUCUUCGCCAUCGCCCGCCGUCCAUUCACCGUCUGCAAUGACUAAGACUGAGUCGCCCCGCACCAAGGAGGAAGCUGAAGACGAAAAGCCAGUUACGACCUCUCCACCCGCAAGCUACAGCGGCAAAUUCGACCACAAGGCUAUAGCUAAGCGUGCUGCUGCAAAGAUGGCUAAAAUGAAGGGUGAGCAGGGAGGUAUCCUUGGCAGCAGCGCAAUUAUCCCCAAACAAGCGGAGACUGCUCGUGCUUCCAAUCUUGCACCGCAGCCAGACGGGAGCAGAGCGGCUCUCUCAGGGCGCGCACACGGUAAAUCUUACCUCCUGCGUCAAGAUGCCGGAUUCGAGCUCACAUACAUCACAGGAACUUCCGCAGUGGCAACCAACGGCAAUGCAAAAGUCUCCGGGUUCGGGCUUAACAAGACCGUUGCCGAGAAGGCAAUUGACGAGGCUAACGUUGCCAUGACAGAUCUCGGUGGUGAUGAAGAUGUCAAACGUAAGCUCGAAAGACUUCCUGACGAGGGUCGACUUGCCAGGAUCACGCAUAGCAUGAACGUCAGUCGGCCUCAUCAGGACGAAGACGACGAGGAUGACCUUCGCUCUGAUGAAGAAGAGGCUGCUGCCACACGCGAGGCUGCCCUGAAUCGAGCUCGAGCUACGCAGGAUGAAGAAGAAGAUGGCUUCGCUAUCCGUGGCGCUUCUCGUAGGACGAGUGCUGACGUGCCAAUGAAGGACGAAGAGGAUGAGGUCGACGAGCUCGAUGCCUUCAUGGAAGCCCUCGUUGCACCCGACACUGCUACGACGACUGGUGGUCAAGGCAGAAAGCAGGUACAGGUCUUUAGCCUGAGUGACGAUGAAGACGAGCUCGAGGCUGUUGGCGAUGGUAUGGACGACAUCUCAGCUAUGGCAGCCAAGCGGAAAAGGAAAGAGAUUCCCACAGUCAACCACGCCAAAGUGCAGUACCCAGAUUUCCGCAAGGCUUUCUACACGGAGCCUGUCGAGCAUACCGAGAUGAGCAAAGAAGACGUCGAUAUACUUCGUGCCGACCUUGAUAACAUUACCUGUCUUGGUGGCAACGCACCGACACCCAUCACGAAAUUCUCCCAGGGUGGGUUUGGUGCUCAGAUCCUGGAUGUAAUUCGUGGUCUCAAGUUCGAGAAGCCCACACCAGUCCAGGCUCAGACGCUACCAGCCAUCAUGUCUGGUCGCGACACUAUCGGAAUUGCGAAAACUGGAUCUGGAAAGACUGUCGCCUACCUGCUACCCAUGUUCCGGCAUAUCAAAGAUCAGCCGCCACUUGACAAGUUUGAUGGCCCCAUCGGCUUAGUCCUCGCUCCAACUCGUGAGCUCGCAACACAGAUUCAUCGUGACUGCAAGCCGUACUUGCGUGCGCUCAACCUCCGCGCAGUCUGCGCAUACGGUGGGGCACCAAUCAAAGACCAGAUUUCCGAGCUCAAACGCGGUGCUGAAAUCGUCAUUUGCACGCCCGGUCGCAUGAUCGAUCUUCUCGCUGCCAACUCUGGCAGAGUGACGAAUUUAAAACGUAUCACGUAUGUGGUGCUGGACGAGGCCGAUCGUAUGUACGACAUGGGCUUUGAGCCGCAAAUUGCCAAGAUCCUCGUCAACAUUCGUCCAGAUCGUCAGACUGUGCUCUUCUCCGCCACACUACCUAAGACAAUCGAGGCUGUGCAGAAGAAAGCACUGAACAAUCCUUUGCGAAUCAUGGUUGGUGGACGCAGCGUAGUUGCUGAUACAAUCACUCAGAUCGUAGAGGUGCGUACGGAGGACAGCAAGUUCCGUCGUGUGCUCGAACUUUUAGGUGAGCUCACGAGGGACGAGAACGAAGAUGCUCGAUGUCUCAUCUUCGUGGAGAGGCAAGAGACUGCUGAUAAGGUUCACAUGGAUCUCAAUAACAGAGGCUACCCGGCGUUGUCCAUCCACGGUGGCAGGGAACAAGUCGACCGCGACCAAGCUCUCAGCGACUUCAAGUCUGGCGCUCUACCCAUCAUGGUCGCUACAUCUGUCGCUGCCAGAGGCCUGGACGUCAAGCAGCUCAAGUUAGUUAUCAAUUUCGAUGCGCCAAAUCAUCUGGAGGACUACGUCCAUCGUGCCGGUCGUACAGGUCGAGCUGGAAAUUUGGGUACAGCUGUCACAUUCGUUCGUCCAGACCAGGAUCGCUUCGCUUCGUUCCUUAUCAGGGCAUUGAAGGACAGCAAGCGAGAAGUUCCUAACGAGCUAGUCGAGCUUGACAAGCAGUAUCGGGAGAAAGUGUCCGCGGGCGAAGUCAAGAAGAUUUCUGGUGCAGGCUUCGGUGGCCGUGGUAUAGAGCGGAUUGAAGAAGCUCGUAAUGCCGAGCGUGCCAUUCAAAAGAGAACGCACAAGACUGGCGAUGAAGCGGACGAUGAAGAAGAUGACAAAGAGGAGAAGCCAGCCAAUAAGAAACAGACCGAGGUGGAAAAGAUGCUGGCGAAGGCUACCGGACAGGUCAAAGACCGCGAUGCUGAACGCGAGCAGGAGAAGACGUCGGCUCAGGAAUCCGGCGUGUUGCCUUCUGCCCUUGCUCUCCAUCUCAGUCAGGCGAUGCGUGUUGAGAAGAGGGUUGCACCGGAGCCGACGAAGAGUGGCGCGACGGGCAGUAAGCCUGGUAACGACAGGCUUGCUCGAGUCGCGGCCGCUGCUGCGAACAUCAAUAGUCGGCUUGGCGCGAAAGGUGCUCAACGCCCCGGCAUCCCAGUCGACAAUCGUGGCCCCGACGCCGGUGCCUUCCACGCCACGCUCGAGAUCAACGACUUCCCGCAGAAAGCCCGCUGGGCCGUCACGAACCGUACUAACGUCGCCAAGAUCCUCGAGUCUACUGGUACGAGUAUAACCACCAAGGGAAAUUUCUAUGCUACAGGCAAGGAGCCGGCGGAGGGAGAGUUGCCGAAAUUGUAUAUCUUGGUCGAGGGAGAUACGGAAGUUGUGGUUGAGCAGGCUAUGAGAGAACUGACUAGACUGUUGAGGGAGGGAACUGUGGCGGCGCUGGAGGCGGAGGCAGGAAGUGGAGGUGGAGGGAGAUAUAGUGUCGUCUGA